AUGAGCACCGCCGAGUACCCGCCCGCGUACCUCAACGCGAACAACGCCGGUCGGAUCGUGGGCGUCGUCGGCGUGUUUUGCUUCCUCGCCAUCACCUUCGUGUCGCUGCGAAUCUACGUCCGGGUGUUCAUGGUCCGGGCCUUCGGCGUCGACGAUGCGCUGAUCAUCCUGGCCUGCGCGCUCGCGCUCAUGUCGUGGAUCUGCCUGGUGCUCCAGAUCCCCUACGGCCUGGGCCGCCACGCGGUCGUAAUACCGGUGGAAAACCGCAUCAAGUUCGAGCGUAUCACAUUCUGGAAGACGGUCUUCUCGGACGGCUUCGCACUGGGGUUGCUGCGCAUCUCCAUGGCGAUCAGCCUGCUCCGGCUCAAGAAGGACCUGCGGUGGUAUCGCUGGUCGCUUUUCGCCGUGAUGGUCUUUGUCGUGCUGUACUCGAUCCAGGCCAUCACCUGGCUGUUCGUCUACUGCACGCCGUACUCGGGCUGGUGGGAGUUCCAGUGGAUGAACCCGUUCGAUCCGCGGUGCAAGUCGUUCACCGUGUUCGUCGACCUCGUGUACUGGAACGUCUCCUGCAACAUUUUCACCGACGUGCUGCUGGGCGCCCUGCCGGUCCCCAUCAUCUGGAACCUCAAGAUGAAGCUGCGGGUGCGGCUGUACGUGAUCGGCAUCCUCAAUCUCGGGUACCUCGCGGUCCUGAUGGGCAUUCUCAAGGCCGUGUUCAUGCUCACGACCGGCGGCGACCCGGACGCCAUCUUCAAUUACUGGGUGCAUUUUUGGGAGAACCUGCAGCUCGACAUCGGCAUCAUCGCGGCCUGCGCGUCGUUCCUCAAGCCGCUCGUCGGGCGCCUGCUCAAGAUCAACAGCUCGGCCGGCUACUCGCACCCCACGAGCGGACGCUACUACCACCGGGGCGGGCGCACGCCCAUGGGCGGCGAGACGAUCGGCAGCAAGUACGCCAACCGGCGGCAGGCCGACCGGAGCCACGCGGACGAGUUCGAGCUGCACACCAAGACCGAGCACGAGGUGGUCACCCGGGUGCAAGCGGCCGGGUCGCCAGCGGGCUCGCAGGAGCGCGUAUCGGCCGAAGCCGUCGACGUGCUGCCGAGCGACACCAACAGCGAGGAGAUCAUCCUGCAGAAGCCGGGGGCGGCGCACGGCAUCGUGAUAUCGCGGGACGUCAAGGUGCAGUACAGCAGUAAAUAAUGCAGGGUCAUGGCUCGAGGCCAGGGCUCGGCGUUCUGCGGACGGGGUGGAGAGUGCUGUACAUAGAGUGUAGAUCGGGGAGGAGGGCGUUUGCAUGGAAAUAGAGUUCGAAGAGACGCUGCGAUGGGAUUGAGCGGCUGCUGCCGCCACGAAAUGAAUGAUUUAAUGCUAGGUAGUUGCUUGCUAGCCACG